AUGUCUUCUGCAGUAGCGGAGCUGGACUCUAUCCUGCAGUCCAUGCUCAACCUCAAACCGCCAGGAGUUUCAGGCUCAAAGAUCACUGCCAUCACCUCCCUUUGCACAGCAAACAUUCAAUCCGAAUCAGUCCUCAUUCAAAAGAUCUAUACCCAUUUCAAGAAGACGCCAGGAACACACAAAUUGGGAGUACUCUACGUUAUAGAUUCUGUGACGAGACAAUGGGUAGAUCAAGCCAGAAAAUCAGGUCAACAGCUGGGUAGCGGAGCUCCUGAUGGAACCUUUGCCGCUGGUGUGACUCGAGUGACUGAACUGCUUCCCGUACUCAUGAACGACAUUAUUGCUACCGCCCCAGAAGACCAGAAGGUCAAAAUCAGAAAACUCCUGGAAAUUUGGGAACGAUCAAACACAUUUCCAGCCCCCUUGCUUGCUUCACUCAAAGAAAAACUUGAUGCGCCAAAAGUCUCAACCACACCGGAAGGAUCACCCUCACCCGGUUUUGUGCCAUUGGGUCAAGCAGCCUCCACUGACAAUAUAACAGCAAAACCUCCACAGCAGCAAGACACCUCGGCCAUCCUGGAAGCCCUCAAGAACAUGGCAAAGCAGAAUAUUACAGCGGCACCCGCCAUUCCAGCACCUGCUCAAACUAGUUUGAAUAAUCUAUUAGGCGCGCAGAAUGGGAUCCCUCUGACGAGCAGUACCGUAAACCCCAGCCCUGCUCCCGCUGCCGCCAGUGGGCAGGCUGUAAAUCAGCUUGGAGCGCUGUUCGCUGGACUGAGUAAUGGUGCGCAAAGUCAGAGUCCUGCAAAUGUACCUGCAAAUCCACUUGCUGCUUUUCUUCCGCAACAGGCUCCGGCUCCAGCGGUGCCUCAAAACCCUCCUCUAAGUCAAGAUGCUCAGGCUCAAGCUCAAGCCCAAUUGCAAGUCUUGCAAGUCUUGGCUAGUCAUGGCGUUCCCCCAGACCAGUGGGCCACUGCUCUACAAUUGUUGAACAUGCAGGGCGCAGCAGGUGGUGGUGGUGGCGGUGCGAGUACCAGUGGCCUUCCUUUUCCGCCUCCUGUACCGACAAGCAAUUGGGCUGGCCAGGUUCAAGCGCCCGUGGCGUCACGUGAUGCCCAAACCCGUUCCCCUCCGGGCCAAUAUCGACGCCGCUCACGUUCUCCUGGCUUUGAUAGACGUCGAGACCUGUCUCCAAGACGCCGACGAGAUAGUCCAGGGGCUGAUGGAUAUCGUAAUGAUCGCGAUGGCAGGCGGGGCGAAUACCGUCAACGCAGCCCGAUGGGUAGGAAACGACGAAGCCCAACACCGCCCGGUGAUUACAAGCUCCCACCACCGGGCCCCAAGAACGUGCAAUGGGAUCCAACCCUUCCAAAAGGUCACAUCAAGGUGUUCAGUCGGACCCUUUUCGUGGGAGGCGUCACCUCAUCCGAAGCACAUUUGAGAAGCUUAUUCAGUAAAUUCGGUGUGGUUCAGACCUGUAUUGUCAACAUUGACAAACGACACGCUUUCAUCAAGAUGAUUAAUCGCCACGAUGCAGAAAGCGCGCGUGAAGGCAUGGAAGAGUACAAGGUGGGCGAUAUGCAACUCCGCACCAAAUGGGGAGUGGGUUUUGGACCACGUGACUGCAGCGACUAUCAAACGGGAAUUAGCGUCAUCCCCAUCGAACGCCUCACGGAUGCCGACCGCAAGUGGCUACUCACCGCCGAAUACGGGGGUACUGGUGGUGCGCCGAUCCAAGAAGGGAUGGUCGUGGAAGAGCCUGACAUUGAGAUUGGCGCUGGAGUCUCCUCGAAAGCCAUGAGUCGACGUAUUGCUACUGACCAGGGUGGACGACGUGGGCCGCAAUCGUCUCGCCAGCAUAUGGGACGUGACGACAACCGAUACAGAGACAGCGAUCGCCGAAUGGACCGAGACGACCGGCAAGGCUCGGGCAACCCGAACAACAUUGGUAUCAUGCCGUCAAUGGCUUUCCCCAUGAACUUCGGCAACAUGCCAAAUGCAAUGCCCGGCUUCCCACCUGGAUUCCAAAUGCCUGCCUUCCAACCGCAAAGCAAGCAGGACUAG